AUGUGUCAUUCAGGUAGUAAUAAAAAGAAAGAAACACAUGCAAGACAACAAAAAAAGAUUAUAGACAAUAGAAAUACAAAUGAAAAGUUGGAAUGGAUCGAUAUUUUACAAGAUGACCAUGAAUAUGACAACCAAGACGACGAUGAAUACGACUAUGCAGUAGAUUCAACUGGAGCAUCACCAGUUGGAAACUAUCGUUGUGAUUCACCUUUACUACUUGUCCAAAGUGCUUUUAAAAAGAUGGUUGAUAUUGAAUCUGAACCAGAUUUUAUUUUAUGGAGUGGAGAUGAUGUACCACAUGUAUCAACAAAUCAAUUAAAUCAAUCAUUGGUAUUACAAUCUAUUUUAAAUAUGACUGAUUUAAUAUCUGAAUAUUUCCCUGGUAUUCCUGUUUAUCCUGCUAUUGGUAAUCAUGAUUCAUUCCCAGAACAUCAAAUAUCAGUUGGACCAAAUUGGUUAUUUGAUGGUGUAGCUGAUAUGUGGUCAAGAUGGUUGACCAAUGAUUCAUUGGAUACUAUUCGUAUUGGUGGGUAUUAUAGUGAGCCAAUUAUGCCAGGGUUCCGUAUCGUUUCGCUAAACACUGUAUUCUACUAUGCACAAGACAAGCAAUGCUUGAAUCUUACCGAUCCAGCCAACCAAAUAUCUUGGCUCAACCAAACACUCUACCAAGCACGUCAAGACAAUGAACAAGUAUUGAUUCUUGGUCACGUGCCACCUGGCCACAAUGAAAAGUACAAUGUUGCCAACUUUCACAGUCAAUUCAACGAUCAGUAUCUCUAUGCCUUUAGCAACUACAGCGAUGUCAUUGUAGCCCAUAUCUACGGCCACGAACAUUCCGAUACCUAUAGACUCUACUACAACGAACCACAUUCCAUCUUUGACCAUGGUGCCAACUGGGUACCCAACGGUGUCAUGUUCCUUAGUCCAUCUAUUACUCCUUGGAUGGAUCCUUGGGUUCCUGCUUUACCAAAUAAUCCAUCGAUUAGAUAUUAUACUUAUAAUACUAGUAGCUUUGGUUUAACCGAUUAUUAUCAAUAUUGGAGUAAUUUAACUGCCAAUAUAGAGACAGAGUCGAUUGAUUGGAUGCUAGAGUAUCGUGCAACCGAGUUUUAUCAUGUUGCUGCACUCGAUCCAGUGUCCAUAAAUAAAUACUUAUUAUUAAAGAUACUAAGAAACGAUAGAAUCAAAUUUCAAGGAGUUUAUGUAAGAGAUGGACAAGAUUACUCGGGUGACUAUCAUGAACAGAUGUUUAUCAAUGAAACUCAUGGUUACAGUUCAUGCUACAGUAUGGCUAUUGUAGAGAGGUUGAUAGACUCUGGAGUGUCCUAUGUUGAAUGCUCUUUCAAGUUUGAAGACUUUCAUUUCUAUAGGUCAAUGUCUACCGAUCGACUAGAUCUCUUUACCAAAGUCAUACGAUGGGUACCACAAGAAUGUUUCGAGAAAAAGAUUCUUAACCAUCUUUAUACAACCAUCAAAGAUGUUUCAAAACGUCCCCAUUCUCCUUACAACACAACAAUGAAAUUGUCAUCAUAUAAAGAUGUAUCAAAAGAGAAAUUUGAAAUGUAUUUAAAUCAUUUCUAUAAAGGCAAAGAAAGAGAGACUGUCAUGGCAAGUGGCUCAAGAUUGUUUGCAAUGGUACUAGAAAGAUCAAAUCUACCAGUACUAAAGUAUAUCAUUCAAGAUUUGGGUAUUAGUGGUAAAGAGAUUAUAGAAACAAUCAAACAAAAGAUCUAUUAUGACUAUAUUGAUGAUGUAGAGUUUAUUAGAUACAUACUCGACGAUCAAUAUCUAUGCAAAUGGUAUCAAAAUCCAAUAUCACCACUUGCAAGAACAGUGGACAUAAACUUGAUGGAAGAAUAUUUUGAUAGAUUUAAACCAUCUAGUCUGACACUGUUGUUUGGGAUGAUCAAGAAUUUAAUUUCCUAUUUUAUAAAGGCAAAUAUUACUCAAUCAUCAAUAGAUGUAAUUUACUUUUUAAUUGGAAAAGUUCAAUAUUAUAUUCCAUCAAAAGAAAUACCUAUAGAAUUUAAUAGUUGGCCUGGACAAGAAGGAAUUAAAAAAAAUACUCUAGAAAAGGUCAGCGAGUAUAGUGAAUCUAAAGAUUUAAAAGAGAUUACAAGGAUUGCAGAGAUUUUAGAAAUGAUGAAAUACAUUUUACCUCCCAUCACUGUACCAAACAGUCAUCAAAAGUGUCUCAUUGAAUUUUUGCAAACAAGAUUGGUAGAAUUGAAAGCAUUCAAAUUGGUAGAUUGGUCAUUAGACUCUGAAUUUUUUAAAUCAACAGAUAAUAUGAAAAUGGUCAAAGAAACUUAUACAGAUCAAGAAAUUGUUCAAUUGGUUGAUAUUUUAUUCCGAAAUACAAAACCCACCAAUCAAAGAUAUUAUUUAAUAGUAUCAAUGAUUAAAGCUGGAUAUAAUCAAGAAUUGGUUUUUCAAAUUUUGGUCGAUUGGUUGGAAAAGGAUAAAGAGCAAGAGACAAAAGAAGAAGGGAUGGAUAGACUUUUCUUGGAAUGUCUAAGAUAUUGUAACAAUUCAAAAAUACCUCAACUUUUGUUGACAGGUAUUAAAGAUUACAAUCAACUAGAUUUAAACAUGCAAGGCUCAGCAUUACCAUUGUCAUUGGAGAAUGCAAAAUUACUUGUACAAGAGUUGGGUCAUUUCCCAAUACCAUCUGCGUGGUCACUAGAGGAUACUUGUCCAUUAAUUCUCACAAAUGACAUUGAUUGUAUAGAUUAUUAUCUUGCACAAUUUCCAGAUGAAAUGUUAUUGGAAAAAAUUGCAACCAUUUAUUAUUCAAUCACAACCAAUUUGGAAAGUCCUACAUUUUAUGAAAAAGGUACAGAUUAUCUGGUUCAACAGUACAAUAUUCUAAAUGCCCAAGGUACAUUUCAACCAUCCUAUGUUCCAGACCUUUACUAUUGCCUAUUCAAAUACAAUUAUUUUGGUCGUUUGAAUUUUUUGGAUCGACAUCAAUUCUCUUAUACUAUAAACAACUAUGGAUACUAUUCUAUUGCACAAGGAGGAUUGGUACAAUGGUUUGAUUGGUAUUGGUCACAUAAUAUUGACUCUAUACAAACUCUGUUGGAUAUUACUCUAGAAUAUGCACCCAUUUAUUUUAUUGGUUACUUUUUGGAUCGCUUUUCUGCAGAUCUAAAAACAAAUAUAUUGCAAGAUGAAUCCAAUUUACAAAUGGUCCAGGAUCAUCAAAAGGAUUAUCACUUGUUGCAAAGAAAUACAAUCAAAUCAUUGUUGAAAAAUGAUCGAGCCUGUGUAUUAAAAUUCCUUUGUUCCAACUAUCCUCUUGUCAAAUCAUUUUAUUAUUCUCUUUUAAUAGAUGAAUGUAAAUUAUCAAAUGUUCCUCUUGUUAAAUUGGUUCAUCUUUUAAAUAAAAAUUAA